UCCUCCGAUCCCGCAGCGCCCGCCGUCACAUCUCGAUGCCAGAACCUCCGUGACUUCGGUGGAUUCCUUCUCCUCGCCCUGCGUCAUUUCCUUCAUCUAAUCAACGUUUAUUUUUUGCAGGUGUCGCCGCCGUUCGCAUCCAUCGCUCGCAGCCCGCUCGGCGUCGCUUUAGGAUUUAUUUGUUAUUUGUGGAGGUUUGGAGAGCACUGAUCCGUCGGCCGACGUUAAGACCUCUAAGCUUUACGGAUAAGAUUCGUAUUUAGAAGCUGUUCUAUAAUCCGGCGAACGCCGGCGUUCUGAGCGCGCGCCGCGUGUUAUUUAAUUCCGUUGUGGCAAUAAGCGCAUUCCCGUCCGUGUUCAUGCCAGAUCUGCAGCGCUUCAGCUUCCCGUACCAUAGCAUGAAUCCUUUGUUGGGGGGCAACGCGCAUCUCCAACAGCAUCCGCAGCAAGGUGAGGCUCCCGGACACCCGGACUCUCCGUCCGGGAUCCUGCCCGACGCCGUUUUCGGUGGAUCAGACCCGGCGUCCUUUUGGCUGGGUGAGCAAUCCGGACCGGGGCCCGACCAUCCGGGGCCCGACUUCACCGCACCCUCGCAGACGUCACUUUACCUCCCCCACGGCCACUACCACCACCACCAUCGCGCGGCUGUGUCGCAGCCCCCCGCCGCCAUGGCUCUCAGAAACGACCUGGGAUCCAACAUCAGCGUGCUGAAAACGCUCAAUCUGAGGUUCAGAUGCUUUCUAGCAAAAGUGCACGAAUUAGAGCGAAGAAAUAAGAUUUUAGAGAAGCAGCUGCAGCAGGCGCUGGACGCCAACAAAAGCUGUCAAGGUGGAUGCUGCGAGAGCAGGGGACGUACCCAGGAGGCAGGUGUGCAGACGGGAUUUGUCGGGACCCUACCUCUCCGGCCCGGCUCCCUUCCCUUCCACAACACCAACAACUCGGCAAGGAGGCCGACGGCGCAGUUCACACCACCGCUGGCUUCAACCCUGUCGCCUGCUGCUGCAGAGAACCCCGGCUCGACCCAAAUAAAUGCAACUUAUUAUCCGGCCAUCACCAUCAGCCAGGCCUCCCCCUGCGGGGACUCCCCCGGCUCCGGCUCCAAAACCUUCUGCAGCGCCAGCGCCGGUCCAGGGAGCUCUGCCAACCCUCCACCACGGUUUCUACCGGGCACCAUCUGGUCCUACAACCACACACGGAGGUUUGGCCCCGGUGCCGAGCGUCUGGCCAGCCCCGGAGUCCCCUGGGUGCAGCCUGACGGAGUCGGGGUCCAGAUUGACACCAUCACGCCUGAGAUAAGAGCCCUGUAUAACGUCCUGGCCAAAGUGAAGAGGGAGAGAGACGAGUAUAAACGCAGGUGGGAAGAAGAAUACACUAUGAGGAUGGAUCUGCAACAGAAAAUAGCCGACCUACAAGAGGACCUGCAAGAGAGUGAAGGCUGUCAGGACGAGUUGGCUGUCAGAGUUAAGCAGCUGAAGGCCGAGCUGGUUCUCUUCAAAGGCCUCAUGAGUAAUAACCUGUCUGAUUUGGACAGUAAGAUCCAGGAGAAAGCCAUGAAGGUGGACAUGGACAUCUGCCGCAGGAUCGACAUCACCGCUCGCUUGUGUGACGUCGCUCAGCAGAGGAACUGUGAAGAUGUCAUCCAGAUGUACCAGCAGGUUCCUAACCCAUCAGCGCUUCACUGCCGCCGGAAACAAACUCCUCUGUCUUUCAACGGCAGCGAGGGCGAUGAUCCCGUCCGCACCUCUGAAAGCGACGGCGGAGGGGUCAAAGAUGGAGACAACUGUGGCUCAUCGGCCAAUCAGAUCAAUGAGGAGAUGCAGAGGAUGCUGAACCAUCUACGUGAAUGUGAGUUUGAGGACGAUUGCGAUAGUCUGGCCUGGGAGGAGACUGAAGAGACUCUGCUCCUUUGGGAGGACUUCCCAGGAUGCACUCUGCCACCUGACCCCACCCACCCACCGGGAGAGGAGGACUGUCUGGAAAAGGUGAUAAAUGACACAGAAUGUCUUUUCAAGUCCCGAGAGAAGGAAUACCAAGAGACAAUUGACCAGAUUGAGCUGGAACUGGCCACAGCAAAGAGUGACAUGAACCGGCACCUCCACGAGUACAUGGAGAUGUGUUCGAUGAAGAGAGGCCUAGAUGUUCAGAUGGAGACCUGCAGGAGACUCAUCACACAAAGUGGAGACAGUGACUCUGCGGCGCCCGUGUCCUCUGAGGACGGUGACCGGAGGGACAGCGACAGGUCCUCAUCAUCGCCGCCUUCUUCCUCGAGUGCUAAACGAUCUUGACACUUCCUCAUUCCAGCAGCAACGGAGGCUGUGCUCACAUGACCUGCGACGCACCCAGCUACAGUACCGCGCUGAUGCAAUGCACCCCAGUAACUAUGGCAACACCAUGUUUACACAUGAACCUCUUCAUUUACGGAGUAUUUUCCUUCUCUCCGUGCAAGUCCACUUUGGUCCGGGGAGACUUUUCAGAGCUGAAACUAGGAAUGAGUAUCUGGAUUUCUGUCUUUACUACUUCAUGCAGAUGUCACUGACGCAAUAAGAGGUCUUCUUAUUGUAGGACCUAAUAUGACCUAGUUAUUUUGUGUCUAAGAGCAGCAGUCAAGAAGUUUAAUCUUAUCAUGGAGAAAUGUAAGGAUCCUGAAUGUAAGUUAACGGGCCGAUGUGCAGUACUGCAUGCUACUGGAAAGCAUAGCAUGACUUAUUCACUCCCAACACAGUAAGAACACACUUAAAAAUCUGGCCAUCUGAAGGACUAUCAGGCGAAUAUAUGUUGUAGAGUUACUGAAUCCUUAUGGUCCACUCUAUACAAAGUUACAGGCCUGUUAUUAUAAAACUAUGACUAAACAAAGACAAAAAGGGCAUAGUUGGGGUCUUGAAGUUACAGAGGUCUUUCUGUAUUUCUCGGUGUAAUAACCAGUUUAACCACAAGCAAAGCAAACCUUAUUUAAUUAAUAACUCAAAACAUCUCUGCUUUAUUUAGCAAAGCAUUAAGUGAGGAAAUUAUCAAAUAAAGAUCCAACGCAUUGGCUGUGGAGCUGCAGGGUUGUGUCGCUAAAUAUCAAAAUACCUCCUCCCUCUAGGAUCGGAUCCUAAAAAAAAGAAAAUAGAAACCUUUGGUGGUCUGUCACAGUUCUAUUAUUCAUCUGCUGUGAAUCACCUGAAUGUAACCAUGUUAUUCAUUAAUGAUGAGCUUUAAACUUAGAGGCUGAAACACAGGUAACAUUUCUGUUAUUAGCCACUAACACCAAAAAUUUCCGAGUAGACCACUCACAUUUAAAACAUUUCGUAACAACGAAUCUGAAAUACAUUGAACCUCACGUAUAAAUCUGUCAACGGUGCUUUAUAACCAGCCCAAAGUCCCAGGUGAGCACAGAGACGGACGUCCCAGUCCCCAUGGGAACUGCAUUGGUUUUCAGUUUUAAAUGCACCCUCUUGAAGUCAAUGUUGGGUCUUCAUUGCCCUCUGGCAAUAAUAAUACCGUGUGAUAAAGUGCACUGACGCCUGCCUGUUAUGUAGCUGUAACUAAUUAGUUUUAUUUUCAGCAGUAUUGUCAAAGGUCCGAGUCCGGCCUGGAUGGUUUGAGCAGUGCUGUUCGGCUGAAUAACCUAAAAGGAGAACAAAGGAAUGUCAAAAAUAGAGUAAGUUAGCCAUUUGGUGCCAAAAUAUAAUGGCCCGAUUGUAAAUAAACAAAGCUGCAGCUGCAGUUAGAUAAAAAAAAUGUAAAACCUAAUAUAGCUGCUAAAGCUAUUUCACCAAGGUGCUUGAUGUAUAUAAACUAAACCUAUUUUUGAGCCUGUUUGCACAUAGAAAGGAAGAGCAAAGCAGAAAUGUAUACGAAACAAUCAGCAAUGCUACUUGUAAAACAUGUAAGAUAAAGACGUCAACAUGCUGGAAACAAAACUUCUGUUACGUUCACGCGUCUCAUUCAUGUUGCAGGUGGGGAUCUAGAAUAAUGAAUUUUACACAUACCAUUUUUACUUUAAGUUUUAUUACGUAUAUUUAACCGUGAGUGUUUUACUUACACCGCUACCGUAGAACAUAUAUAUAUAUAUAUUACCUUGCUGCUGGAAUUCAUCACUGGCAUAGGAAUCCCCCCCUCCACCCCCCACCAUCACUGAUCUUUAAUCACACAACAUUGUCUAAAUAUCGUCCUGGCGGUAGUUUGUGAAAUAUUUCUUCUGCUUCCGCUGCGUCAACACUCGGUUUCCACAAUGGACGGUGGAGUUUAAUCUUGUUUAAAGUGGUGCAUGUGUGGCUAUCGCAUUCAUCUGAGUGCUAAACGCAGUGUUUCCACUACUGUUUGAAAAAAAGGAGGAUGCCAGAGAUAAGUUGUGUGGGACAUAAAACGCGCCAUCUCUUUUUAUGUAAGUUUUACUUUUGCUCACCGCGUGAGUCUCUGUGUAUGCAUGUGCGUCUGUUUUUGGGUGUUAUGUCUGUAUAGUGAGUGUUUUUAAAAAGACUUUUACCGGGGCAAAUCUACAUCACAAGGAAAAACAAAACAUUGGUCCUAUUGGAGGUUGUCUCUAUGUUUAGCAUUUGAGACUGAGAUGUCUUUUUGACAAUAAUCACCUCAAAUAUUGAAAUUAUCUAAAUCAAAUGACAAUGGUGGUCUUUUUUUCCAAUUGGUACGUUUUCUUUAUAAGUGGAUGUGGUUGCCAAAUAAAGUCAGUUUAAAGAUCACUCGCGUAAAAAAAAAGACUGAAAUGCAAAAUGCUUAAACAAAAUGACUGUAAAAUGACUUUGAUAAUAUAUGUGUAAUAGAAAUAUAGCUUUGGAUCCUUGUGUUCAAAGACUGCAAACGAAGAAUGUCCUCAGUCACACAUAUGGAAAGGAAUAAUUAUGGAAAAGAUGGCAGUCAAUCACAACAUAUUUCUUUCACUUUAAUGAGUGGACAAAAUAAUCAGAACUAAUUUGUGUCACAAAACAGUUUGAUGAUAAUCCUGAGGAACUUCUCCAGAUGUGUGACAAUGCAGCUUAAAGCUUUUAACAGCAGAGCAAAGUGUCAGAGACUGAAAGAAUAAAAUAUGCAACUGAGAGA